AUGGUCCUCGAAGCCGGAUACCCAAACACAACAGGCUUCCGCAAAGUAACCAAAGCCACCAUCCUUGUGAAGAAGAAACCGGGCAUGAGCGAUGCCGAUUUCAUCGAGCACUACAAUCACAAGCAUGCCCAGAUGGCGGCGCCCGUGCUGGAAAAGCAUAACGUGAUUACCUACAGCUUGACGUACUGCCUACAACGGGAUCGGACGAUUUUGGCGGAUAUGUUGCAUGGGAAGGCGAACAUGUUGGAUUAUGAUGCCAUUUGUACAUUUGUGUUUAAGGAUUACAAGGACUUUGCACGAUUUGUGAGUACGAUCUCCCGACGACAGAUAGACUUUGAUCCUGGCGAGAAGCGGAACGAAUCGUUCAGAUCCGAUUUACCAACCAACGAGGUUUUGGAGAUGUCGGUCUAA